ACUGACAGUUUACUUCCGUUCCAGGACCUUAGUACUUUUCGGGAGCUGAACCCAGAGUCUGAGGAGUUCAUUCCCCGUAAGAAUCUGACCGACAAGCUGAUACCUACUGGGAAGCAGCCAGAGAAUAUUUCAAUGCUAAGUGGGGAUCGAAAUCAGGCUCCCACUCUGUCUUCAGAGUUCAAAAGUACUGCCAGUCUAGUUGGGGAUGCAGAUAAUCAGUUGUAUGAAAUACUUGUUCCAUCACUAGACAGCCAGAGUUCAAAAACAACGUUUAUUGUUUCACCCAAGGAGUUGGAGAAAGAUCUAGCUCAGCACAAGAAACUUGCUAAAGUGGUUGUUGGAAAACCUCAAUUUCAGAAACAAAUUAUGGAUGAUGAUUAUGAAGAUCUGACUAAGAAUGAACCUCAUUCUUAUAACCUUCCUUUGCAAUCCCAGGAGAAUGCAGAUGAAGCUCCUGAGCUCUUAGAGAAGGUUGAACUUGACCAGAUGGAGACACAAACUCGAAAUCCAGAGAACCCCCAGGAGGAAGCUCCAGAUUAUUUCUCACAGUCUCCUGAGGAAGAUGAACCUUUGAUUAAAAAAGAAGACCCAGAUCACCAACAACUCCAUUACACUUUGCCCACUAUUACAGGUAAGCCUGUAGAUACAGAACUUAAAAUAACUUCUGAGCCUAUAAAGGAGGUUGACUCAUCUCCAUAUGAGGAGAUUCCAACUCAGACUCCAGGUCCUCUUGUUGGAGGCAAACUUUUUCUUAGCCAGCAGCAGCAGCCAGAUGAACCUUCUGAGACUCCUGAGGAAGGUGAAUCUUCUAGAAUUGAUCUGGAGUAUUCAGUUCAGCCCCAGGAGGAUUCAGAGGAGGUAGGGCCCUUACCAACCCAGCAGGAAGACCUAUCUCAACAUUUAGGCCCUGUUUUAGAGGAUGAAUCUUCUCUCAGUGAACUAGAGCAACCAAUUCAACUUUUUGAGUCUCCUGAGGAGGUAGGAUCAGGUUCUGAAAAUCAACCAGAAGCCUCAGUUGAGCCUACAGUGCUCCCUCUAGUCGAGCAAGAGGCUCCAUUUGGAGCUCCAGAAUCCCCUAUUAAUACUUUAGUUGAAACUUCACCAAUUCAUGAAGUCCAGCCAACUCAAAAUGAAGAUUACCAAUAUCAUUUGCCAAAUAUUACAGUUAGACCUGUGGAUGUGACGCUUACUAUAACUUUGGAGCCUAUCAAGGAGAUUGACUCUAUUCUGGCCCAGCAAGAGUUCCCAGUGCAUGCUUUAGAGUAUUCUAAUGAUAUUGAACCUUUUCUCAAAGAGGAAGAACCUCUAGCUCAGGCAUCUGAGACUUCUGGGGAGAGUCACUUUGGCCAGCUGGAGGUACCAGUUCAAGCCUCAGAGUAUGAUGAAGAGUUUAAAAGUUCUGCAACUGAACUAGCUCAAUUUCCAGAGAAUCAUGAAGUGACAGUUUUGCCUUCAAAUCUCUAUCAGGCUCAACAUUCCAGCUUGUCAGAUGUGACUGGUCAACCUUCAGAUCUGGAUAUUACCAUUACAGAAAACCCCAUAGAGAUGGGAACUUCUCUUGUCUAUCAUGAUACUGUAGCAGCUCCUGAAGAGAUCGAAUUCUUGACAAAUCAACAGGGUGUUCUGUCCCAAUCCCUAGAACCUAUUCUGUAUGAUACACCUUUAAGCCAGCAGGAAGAUACAACUGGAAUAUCACAGAUCUCUGAGGAAGGAGAACCCUUUCCAGCCCAGCAGGAGACUCCAGAAUAUAGUCUAGAACUGCCUACUGAAGAAAUAGCUCAACCUCCAGGUCUCCAUGAGGUAACAGGUCCACCCCUGGGUCAUGGCCAAGUUUAUUCUCCAACAUCACAGAAUAUCCUAAGAGAGUAUCCAACCUCCCCAGAAGAGGAUCAGUAUUUUCCAGUUGGUCAAGAGGACCCAAACCAACUUGAAGAGUUUUCUGUGGAACCUUCUCCAAGUCAGCAGAACUCAGCAUGGCAUUCAGUGACAGACAUGUCUCUUUCACCUGCAGAUCUAGAGGCAAUAUUCAGAAGUGCACAUUCAAAGUCAUAUAAAAUAACCAAUAGACAUGAGGACCUAGCACUUACCAUAACUCCAGAGCCCUCUCUGGAGAAUGCAUCUAUUCCGUUUCCACAGACUUAUUCUCAAGUGAAAAUCCCACAUCCACAGCAUGUUGAGACUCAGCCUCUAAACCUGGCUAAAACCACAGUUCAACCUUUGGAUCUGGAACUUGCCAUAAAUCUGCAACCUACUCCUAAGGAGAACUUUGCUCAAACUUUGCAGGAGACCACAACUCAGAUGACAGGACCACCUAAAGAGGUUUUAGUGCAAACUCCAGAACAUCAUGAGGGGACAAUUCCAAUACCAACUCAGGAUGAAGCCGAGUAUUCAACUUCACCCACUGUCUCAUUUCAGCCAUUCGACACGGAACUCUCCAUAAGUCCAGAGACUACAAGAGAGUCUUACCGUCCUACAAUUCCACAGCAGAUUGUAAUAGUUUAUCCUCCAAAGCACCCUCUGGUGGUACAUUUAGAGCAAGUUCACACUCAGCAUCCAAACCUAACUGAUGCCACACUUCAACCUUUAGAUCUGGAACUUACCAAAGCUUCACAACUUACUGCUAAGGGAGAACUUCCUCAAACUCUACAAGACAGCACAACUCAGAUAACCAUAGAACCACCUAUAGAGGUUGUAGCUCUAGUCCCAGUCUAUCAGGAGGCAACUGUUCAAACACCAAGUCAGGAUAAAGCUGAAUAUUCAACCUCACCCACUGUCUCGUUUCAGCCCUUGGAUCUGGAACUCACCGUAACUCCAGAGCCUACCAGAGAGGCUGAACAUUUUAUAGCUCCAAAGAACACUACUGCUUUUCCUCCAAAGUACACUUACAUGACGCUUCCACAAAAAGUUCCUGUUCAGCAGAUAAAACCAACUGAAGGCAUAGUUCAACCUCUGGAUCUGGAAUUUACCAUAACUCCACAACCUACCACUGAGGGAGAACUUUCUCAAACUGUGCAGGAGAGCACAACUCAGAUUACAGAACUCCAUGAAGAGAUUGUAGUUCCAGUUCCUAUAUAUCAGGAGGCCACAGUUCCAACACCGAGUCAGGAUCAAGCUGACUAUCAAACAUCAUUUCAACCAUUGAAUCUAGAACUCACUGUAACUUCAGAGACUAAAAAGGAUUCUACAGUCUCAAAGAAGACUAUAACAGUUAUUUCUCCAAGCAACACUCAGCAUCCAAACUCAGCUGAAGCCACAGAUAAACCUUUGGAUCUGGAACUUACCAUGAGUUCUGGCCAACAACCUACUACUGAAGGAGAACAUUUUCAAAGUAUGCAAGAGACUACAACUCAGAUUUUAGAAACACCUAAACAGGUUGUAACUCCAGUGCCAGAAUAUCAAGAAGUGGCACUUUCACCACCUAUUCAGUAUCAAGCCAAAUAUCCACUUUCACACACUGUCUCAUAUCAUUACUUGAACCAAGAAAGCACUAUAAGUUCAGAGCCUCCUAGAAAGGCUUACCGUAGAAAAACUCUAGCCGAGAUUAUACUUCCUCCUCUACAGCAUGCCCUGAGGAGAGAUACAGGGUAUCGUCACAUUCAGCAUUUAAAUCCAACUAAUGUCACCAAUCAGCCAUUGCAUAUAGAAGCUAUUAUACCUAAGAAACCUACUACUGAGGAGGAAUAUUCUCAAAGCAAUCAGAAAAACACAAUUCAAACUACAAAACCUGCGAAACAAGCUGAAACUCGCGAAACAGAAGGUCAGGAUAUGCCGAUUCCAAUGCCAAUAUUGGAACAAAAUGAAUUUCCAACACAACAGAGGAUGUCAAUACACUCUAUACUUCAGAAAUAUAACAUAGUUUCAGAUCAGAGUGCAUGGAUAAACAAUCCUCAAAAACCAAAAGAGAAUAGAAACUAUGCAUCUCAGAUUCAAAAACUACGUAGAAAGGCUGCAACUCACAGUGUCGAAUAUAAAAGGGGGGUGCAAUCACUUCCACUGAAAGACAAGGAUGAGUUAUCAAGACCUCCAAGGAGGCCAUUACAAACUUUGGACCAGGAACUUACCAUAUCUUCUCAACCUCCUACUUGGACUCACUACCCUCGAAAUCCAAAGGAGACUAGAAACUAUACACCAGAAAAGAUUUUUCUUCAUUAUGCAGAGCCUCCCAUGGGAAUGGUAGUUGAACCACCAGAUCUGUUUUUUUACAAAACUACAAAAUCUAAACCUGUGCAGGGGAUCCCAACUCAGAUUACAAAAUCACCUAAAGAGGUUGUAGAUCAAACUGUAGAAUAUCAAGUGGGCUUGCUUCCAGUCCCAUUUGGGGGUCAAGAUGAUUCUCCAACUCCACCCAGUGUUUCAUUACAGCCUUUGGAUCAGGAAAUCACCUUAUCUUCUCCUCCUGGACAGGCUCAGCAACCUCCAAAUCUAAAAGAAUAUAAAGAACAUGAACCAGAAGAGAUUUCCUUCAACAAUUCACAACCUUCAAUGGAAAUGGUAGCUGAACCUCUAGAUCUGUUUUUUCUCAAAACUACGGAAUCUAAACCUGUGCAGGAGGCCCCAUCUCAUACUACUGAGUCACCUCAAGGGAUUGUAGUUCAUACUCUAGAAUAUACAGAGGUAGUGGUUUCAUCUGUAAUUGAGGGUAAUGCUAAAUAUCUAACACCCAGUGUUUCAUAUCAACCUUUAGACCUGGGACUCUUUGAAUCCUCUGGCUCCACUACUAAGGUUUAUCAUUCUACUACUUUCAAUGAGACUACAGUUCCUUCUUUAAUGCAUCUUCAAGUCCCUAGUUCACAUUUGCACUCAAAUUUUUCUGUAACUCAACAACCUAAUACAAUGGUUAAACAUUCUUCCCAAAUGAAAGAGACUCCAGCUCAGCCUUCAGAGAUAUCAAUGGACAAUGUAGCCCAAUCUGUAGAGCAUUAUCCAAUAACUUCAGUUUAUGUUGAAAUUCAACAUUCAAAUUUAUCAGCUAUAGAAACUGCAUAUCCUGAAGUCCCAAUUACAGCCUCUUUUCCAGAAGCUGCACAUUCUGAAGUCCCAACAACCACAGCCCCUUAUCCAGAGGCUACACAUUUUGGAGUCUCAACAACUCUAGCUGCUUCUCCAGAGAUUACACAUUCUAAAGCCCCAGCGACUACAGCUCGUGCUCCGAUGUGCCAUGGCACAACAGGUCUACCACCAGAUCAGGUCGAGAAACAUCCAAGCCCAACUGAAGUCACAGUUCAAGUUUUGAAAAUGGAAUCCACAAUAACUCCAUAUUCUGAAAAUUCUAAUACAGAAAAUGAUUUAACUAUAGAAAAAAAUGCCUACAAUUACACCAAUAUAUGUGAGUUUUGCCUGUGUGAAAAUGAGACACUGUUGUGUGUUCAUCCCAGCCCAAAAUGGAGACUCCACCAAGUGCCUGUGCCAAGGCCCAACACCUACAAUGAUACUUUUGCUAUCUUAAAUUUCCAAGGAAACGAUAUUUCUUACAUUGACAAAAAUGUAUGGAAGGUAUACCGUUGGGCUGAGAAACUAAUUCUCAGUGAAAAUCACCUGACUGAAUUACAUAAAGAUUCAUUCGAAGGCCUGCUAUCCCUCCAGGUUUUGGAUUUAUCCUGCAAUAAAAUACGCUAUAUUGAAAGAGGAACAUUUGAAUCGUUACCUUUUUUGAAGUAUAUGAACCUUGGGUGCAAUUUACUCACUGAACUGAGCUUUGGAACAUUUCAAGCAUGGCAUGGAAUGCAGUUUUUACAGCAGUUAAUUCUCAGCCGUAAUCCUCUCACAGUUGUUGAAGAUCCCUACUUUUUUAAAUUGCCAGCAUUAAAAUAUCUGGACCUGGGGACCACACAGGUGCAACUGACUACGGUUGAGAACAUCCUCAUGAAGACUCUGAAACUGAAAUAUCUGAUCUUACCUAGCCACAUGGCCUGCUGCCUCUGCAAAUUUAAAGCUGAUAUUGAGGUUAUCUGCAAGACAAUCAAACUGCAUUGUCAUCCUGGAUGUCUGACAAACACCACACACUGUCUUGAAGAAGCAUCUAUAAGGAACCCACAAGGAGCAUUCAUGAAGGUGUUGCAGGCCCGGAAGGGGAACAGCAGCACUGAGCUCACUGUUGAGCCAGAAAGGGGCGAUGAAAACAAAGACUGUGCCAACUGUUCCAGCUCCAUGGAUGAAAAGAUAGACCUUAAUGAUGAAAAUGAUGUUAUGAGCGCACUAAAUUACAUAUUGCCAUAUUUCUCAGAGGGCAAUCUGGAAGACGUAAUGUCCACAAUGCUGCCAUACAUUAAGCUACUGUUCUCUCAUGAACAAGGUACAGGGCAUUCGUUGGGAUCUUUGCAGAAGGACACGAAAAGUGUCCCUGUUACAAACAAAUCUAAGUCCAGUAAUGUGACUCAUAAAAAUAAAUUGAAUAAACUUUAUUUUUUAGACACAGAAGUUAAUGAGGUUCAAAAGGAAGAGAAACCUGGGAGGCACAAGGCAAAAUCUAAACAUAUAAGUCCCAAAUUCAAACGACAGAUAUUUGAAAAGAGAUGGGAACCUGCCUGGACAGAGGAAGACAGUCUUGCAGGCAGUCUUGAAGACGAAGUCUCAGGGUUCAACUACAACAACAAAGUCAUCUUGGCAAUAUCUGUGGCCAUCGUAGUGAUAGUUUUGAUUAUCAUUUUCUGUCUCGUUGAGGUUUGUUCCCACAGAACAAAAAAGGUAGAAGAAAAGUCCAUAUGGGGUAAGACAUACUACAAGGAAAGAAAGAACCAGGGAAAACCUGCCUGGACAAGGAAGCCACUGCGGUUUAGAAAUAUAUUCAAACGUGACAAGAAAAGUAGGUGUAAUUUAGGAGCCAAGACAUCUUCCGAAAAGUGUAAUACUCUGGAUGACUCAUGGGAGAUCAAGAAAGAAAGCUUAUUGGUAAUAAAGAACCCUGAAGAGGAAGAGAGAGAAGUAGUUGAAACCACAGAAUGAUCUGUUAUCACUUAUUAAUAAAUUAUUAAUUUUUUAUA